UUCCAUCGUGUUAUUAUCGUUUAGAGUGAUUGUGAUUUUUUAACAGUAAAUUUUUUUGUUGGACAUUAACCAAACCAAAAAGAUAUUUAACAACAAAUAGAUAUUAUUUACAGUUAUAAAAUUGUAGUGAAAACAAGAAAAACAAUUUAUUAUAAAGUUAACAAGUGAAUGCAUGCAUAAUUAAAGUUAUAGCAAAAUGUUGGCUGCAGUUAAAAUUAAGGAAGAGCCUCUUGAUGAAAUUGAAGAUUUACAGGAAAUAUUUAAGCAAGAAGAAGCUUUAAUGAAGCAACAAUUUAAUGCUGACCUGUUGGGCCAAAAUUUGCCUGCUAAUAAUUUCCACAUUGUUGAGGAAGAAGACAGCUUUAUUACCGUUAGUGCUGCCGACAUGAAGUGCCAAGAUGAACUGCAGUUUAUAGAUUCCAUAAAUAACUCGGAUCCCAACAAAUUCCGGGGUGUAUGUUCCAAAUGCUUAAAAACUUUUACAAAUCGCACCCAAUUCCUUAAGCAUACGAAACGUAACCAUUGCAUAACCAAAGAAAAGUGUCCAGUAUGCCCGGUUACAUUCAUAGAUUCGUCUUCCUUGCUAAAUCACUUAAAUUUACAUCGUGAUAAUUCUUUCUUUUGUACCCUGCAUUGUGGUGCCAAUUUUGCCACACUACCCUUGUGUGAGGAACAUGAGCUCAAGGAACAUAAAGUGCAAGCACCGCCAAAAAUUCGCUAUAAACAUUUUUGCUCAUUCUGCCGUGAAGGAUUCAAGACCGAACUUCAAUUGCAUGUACAUUGGCUGCAACAGAAUCAAGGCUGUGGCAAACUAAUGCAGAAUGUUGUAUUACAUUCCACUAAUGUUGUCAACAAUUACAAUACAAAUUGUAAAAAUAACAAAGAUCUCUCAAUAGAGAGACAAUUGCAGCCGGUCACAAAAAAUUCCAUGUCAAUCAUACCCAUUACCAAAUUAAGAUUGAAAUCGACCACACCCUCACCUCAAACAGUAAAUAAAAGACAAAUUAUGGACCAACCAAAUGAGGAAACAGACACACUCAAUAAACGUUUUAAAAUGCUGGACAAAAUUAAAGCUGAAAUCGAAACCAAUCAAUUGGCCUUUAAUUUUGACACUGAUAUACAAAUAAAGGAAGAACCUUUAGAUGAAUAUGAAACAAAUAUGACUAAUAAUCUAAUACCGGAAGUUAUAAUUAAAACUGAGGAAGAGGAGGACAAAACAGAAGAGGUACCGGUCAACGAAAAACCUCAAAUGCAGUCUUUAAUACUUAAUAAUAUGAUAGGUGCUGGGACAAGUGGUAAAUUUAUACCCCUAGAAAACUUGGUAAACUCAGAAAAUAGCAAAACUGAACAAAAAACCGAAAAGAAAACAUUUUCCAUAAAUAGUCUGGUAAAAGCUAAUGUUAAUGGUAAAAUGAUAAAUAUGAAUAAUCAAAAUAUACCAGUACUGAAACUUAUUACUAACAAUAACAACAAUAUAAAUAACAAUAGCCCACAAACUGUGGUGAAAAAUGAAAAUUUUAGAUUUGUUAAAAUAAUGCCGGCUCCAAUGCCAACAGCUAAUAAUAAUAAUAAAUCUCUAACUAACUUUAAUUUUGCCAAUAUACAAAAUUCCAACUCGGGCAAAUUAAUGACACUCAAACUGGCCAAUGGCCAAAGUCUAUUAAAUAAUACAGAUAUCAAGCCUUUGCCCACAAGUGGGUUACAAAUUAUAAAAUUCCUACCCAAUACCCAAAUAAUAAGCAUGAAAGGCACCAACAACAAUACCACUAAUUUCAUGGGCAACAAACAGCCUAUAAUUUUAAAACUUAAAACUGCUCCUACUUUAGCUGUUAAUAAAACAACUGAAACAAAAGCAGACACAACCUCACCGCCUAACAGUAGCACCUCUCCUACUGUUUCCAUAAAAUUAAACUCACUUGAAGAAAAUACCACCAUAGAUGCUGAAGACUUUAAAAAACUGCAGACUGAGGCUUUGAUAAAGUCCGAAGAGCAUCGCAAAAACUUUUAUGUACCCAAAACACGUCUCAUGAUUAUCGAGAAUAUACCGGAGAAAAAACAAUUGAUUGAUAGCAUGAAACAGAAAAUAGCCGAUGUUGAAACAAAAACUACGGAACAGAUUCAGGGAAAACCGGCUGGAAAUUUCAUUUUAAAAUCUCAGGAAUCGGAUGAACCGUCUUCUUUGUAUUUGCCUAUACUUACCACACUGGAUGUGUCACUGGUUGAGGCACGCUAUCAAAAUCCCAACUAUUGUUAUAAAUGGAUUUGUCCCUAUUGUCUCAAGGAUUAUGAGAUAAAGACUGCUUUAAAGUUGCACUUGAUUCGGGCUCAUAAUUUGAAUAGUCGUGAUAUGGAAAAGAUAAAUGUGCAGGCAAAGCCGUUUGUAUGUGAAGAACAACUACCAUUUGAGGACGACAUCAAAUCCGAAAUAAAAGAAGACAUAAAACCACAAAUUAAAAUGGAACCAAUUUCACAAGACACCGAUUCUCAAAACUUAACAAACUCUGAAACAGAAUCCUUAAUAAUUGAUACUUCGGCUUCCUCAUCGCCGAAACCUCUCAAAGCUGUCAAUAUAAAACAGCCAAGACCACGUUACGUUUGUGAUAAAUGCGGUCGUACUUGCUCUUCGAAGACCAUGCUCAACGAUCACAUCUUGGCCAAUUGUAGUCGUGAGCCACAGUAUUCGUGUAAAGAAUGUACCAAGAAAUUCUUUUCGCAUGGCACUCUACAGUGUCACAUGACCAUACACACCGGUGAAUUGCCGCACAAAUGUAAUUAUUGUGAUAAACGUUUUCGCACGCGGGGACAAGUGAAGGUGCACCAUCGAACGCAUACCGGAGAAAGGCCGUUCUUUUGUCAGGUUUGCUCUCAACGUUUUACUCACCGAGAAACCUUGAUAGCCCAUUUAUCACGUCACAUAGGCAUGAAACGUUAUAAAUGUUAUGGCUGUGAUAAACAUUUCUCCUGCAUUAGUGCUCUAAAGACACAUCGUGACAUACGUGCCGAUAGCUGUGGCAAAGUUAAAUUUAAUCCUCGUGCCAUUGGUCCCCGUGUGCGAGUCAUACGUGGCAAUGUUAUAUUUGAGCCUCAGCCCGAAAUAAAUCCCUACUUAAAGUCUGAGGAUCCCAAAAGUGUCUUGACUGAAUUACAAAAUCAGUCACAGUCGACUCAAGAAUCAACUUAGGUUUUAAAAAAAAGACAGAAAGAAAGAGAGAACUAUUUUAUCUUUUUCCUUUUUUUGUUUAAUUAGUUUGUAGUGGAAUGUUUAAGCAUCCUUUAUUUAAUUUAAGUUUUUAAAAUAUCUAUAUUUGCUUUAACCUUAACUUUUUUUUUUAAAAAUUAUAAAUAUUUCCAAUAAUUUUUAAAGCUUUUUGUUUUAAGAAAUGAAUGAAAUUCACUUUAUUAAACUUUCGUUUACAAUUUAAUUUAGAUUUUUUUAGGUUUUGCUUUUUUUCCCCAACUAAAUUUAAUAUAUAUGCCUGAGUUUGUUUGUUAAAAAUUUGUAAAAUAAAGAGAAAUAUAUUUUUAAAGAAA